AUGCAUACAAGUCGAUCAGCUCCCUCAUGUAACUUAUGAAUUAAUCUAGUAAUGACAAUCGAAUAAAUGUACAGUGUUGUAAGAGGUGAAACAGGAGCUUGGGGUAUUGAAGGAUAUGAAGUCCCCAAGAAGUAUUGUGACCCACUUAAGUAAGUCUAAGAAAGAGAGUUUCUGGCAGGAAAAUUAAAGAAACCUCCUACUAUUACUAAAAGAGGACAUUUCUUAGAUGAUAUAGCCAAACCAUUUAGAAAUCGUAAGGUCCCUGUUUAAUAUAAUGUUGAAUAUAAAUGGGUAAAUGAAAAAGAUAAGGAAAGAAAAAGGUAAACUAUCAAUAUACUCUAUUAAUAGAUCAAAAAGUGAAUUAUUGAAGAGAAAUACUUUUAUAGAUGACAUAUUUCUAUAGAACAGUAAAGCAAACUAUCCUAAACCUGGACCAGGAAAGUAUGAUGAAAAUAGAUCUAUUGAAAAUCAAGCUAAAAAGUGGAAUGGCAAAUCUAAAAUUCAAUAUGGAGAAAAACCAGACUUUGUUUAAGACUAUUAACAUUUAGGAGCUGUUUUACCUGCUGGUCCUGGUAGCUAUAAUCCUCAUGUACUCAAUAUAUUAUAAUAAUAAAGCCUAUUUUACCCAAAUUAAAACAUAAUAAUACAAAUCCCAAGAUUAUGAUAACUAAACAUAAAGAUUUUGAUAAGUUUAAAUUAGAAAUGCUUAAAAACUAUCCUAAACCUGAUUGUACUAAAUAUAAGCCAUAUCCUGUCGAUUAUAAUACUUUUGGAAGAUCUUUAGAAUUGCUUUAUGAUAAAAAAAAAAUAGAGCCAGCCAAAAUUAAAUAUUGGGUAUGAUUAGUAAUUAAUAAUAAAGGGUAAUCCUAAUAAACCUGUCACUAGAAAUAAGUCAGAGGCUAAAGUUCCUCCUUAAUAUAAUUUAAUUGCAUAUUGGCCUGGAAAAGAAGAUGGUAGUGCUAAAAAUAAAGAAAUGAAAAAAUUUAAUUGGAUGAAUAAAGUCACAAAAGGAAUUUAAUCAUCAAUAUAUUAUUGA